AUGUCCUGCUCUGACCUGUUCCCCAUCCUGCGCCCCCAGCCCCUGGCUGACAGCAGCAACGAGCCCUGUGUGCGCCAGUGCCCCGACUCCAGCACCCUGAUCCAGCCACCCCCCGUGGUUGUCACCUUCCCUGGGCCCAUCCUCAGCUCCUUCCCUCAGGAUUCUGUCGUGGGAUCCGCUGGAGCCCCCGUUCUUGGGGGCUAUAGGGGCUCCCUGGGCUAUGGGGGCUAUGGGGGAUAUGGAUCCCUGGGCUAUGGGUCCCUGGGCUAUGGGGGAUAUGGAUCCCUUGGCUAUGGGUCCCUUGGUUAUGGGGGUUAUGGAUCCCUGGGCUAUGGGGGAUAUGGAUCCCUGGGCUAUGGGGGAUAUGGAUCCCUUGGCUAUGGGUCCCUGGGUUAUGGGGGAUAUGGAUCCCUGGGCUAUGGAUCCCUGGGCUAUGGAGGUUAUGGCUCCCUGGGCUCCCGGGGUCUGUGGGGCUCUGGCAGAUCCUAUGGCUCCUGCAGCCCCUACUCCUACAGGUCCAGCAGGUACAGCCGGGGCAGCUUCGGGCCCUGCUGA